GAGCCGAAUCCUUACCCUAUGGCGGCGCUGUGCUUGUCUGGAGCUAGGCGGAAGCUCCCUGCCGCCGCCUUCUCCUCCUCCUUCGGCUCCUCCCGCUACCUCUCGCUGUCCCCCAGCCCAGCCCCGUCCCAGGAGACUACUACGCCAGACCCUCGCUUCCUCCUCCACCACAGCUCCUCCGAUGCCACUCCCUUCCCUGACCACUCUCCCUUCCUUCGCUUCCCCGAGGUCCGCCUCUCCACCCUCCCCUCUGGCCUCCGCGUUGUCACUCAGACCGCCCCCUCCUCCGCCACCCAUACCGCCUCCCUGGGCGUUUGGAUCGACGCCGGCAGCCGCUUCGAGGCUCCCGGCACCAAUGGCACCGCGCAUUUCCUCGAGCACAUGAUCUUCAAGGGCACGCGCCGCCGCACCGCCCGGUCGCUCGAGGUGGAGAUCGAGAACAUGGGUGGCCGCCUCAACGCCUACACCUCUCGCGAGCAGACUACCUUCUUCGCGGACGUCCAGUCCAAGGACGUGCCCCUCGCCAUCGACGUGCUUGCUGACAUCCUGCAGAACUCCAACUUUCCUGAGCACGCCAUCAAGAGGGAGCGCGGAGUCAUUCUCCGGGAGAUGAAGGAGGUGCAAGAGCAGACUCAAGAAGUGCUCUUUGACCACUUGCACUCUGCUGCUUUCCAUGGCCAUCCUUUAGGAGACACAAUAUUGGGCCCUGAAGAGAACAUUCUACGGAUUUCGAGGGUUGAUUUGCGACAAUACAUUUCCACUCACUACACUGGCCCUAGAAUGGUCAUUUCAGCUGCGGGAGCAGUUAAUCAUGAAGAGAUUGUUAACAUGGUUGGAAGAUUGUUCACAAAUUUCUCAAGUGAUCCUACCACUGCCGACCAGCUUGUUGCUGCUAAUCCAGCUGUGUUCACUGGUUGCGAGGUUCGAGUGGAAGAUAAUGAAAUGCCUUUGGCACACUUUGUGGUAACGUUUAAAGGUUCAUCUUGGACAGAACCUAGCUCUAUCCCUCUCAUGGUAAUUCAGAGCUUAUUGGGUAGUUGGGAAAAAAACACUGGCGUUGGUAGUUGCUCAGGGUCACAGCUUGCUCGUCGAGUAGGAACUGAUGACUUGGCUCAUAGCUUCAUGGCCUUUAAUACCAACUAUAGUGACACAGGGUUGUUUGGGGUCUUCUUAUCUGCCAUGCCAAGUUGCUUAUAUGAUUUAUCAAAUGUCUUGAUGGAAGAGAUUCGGAGACUAGCAUUUCAAGUAUCAGACGAGGAAGUGACUCGAGCUAGGAAUCAGUUAAAAUCUGCCAUGUUGCUUCAUAUUGAUGGUUCCACAGCAGUCUCUGAGAAUAAUGGUCGUCAGAUGUUGACGUAUAGGCGGGUAAUGCCUUUCAUUGAAUUCUUUGCUCGUGUAGAUGCCGUCGAUGCUGCUGUGGUGAUGGAGACAGCUCGGAACUUCAUAAUUGACAAGGAUGUGGCAGUUGCAGCAAUGGGACCUAUCAGGGAUUUGCCAGACUCAACUUGGUUCCGCUCGCGGACCGCUGCUUAGCAAGGGCACAAGGUAUAAGCACUGGCCCUUGUAUGCUGGUCCAUUUGCAUCUGAACAACCAAAUUUACAAGAAACUAGAGGCACAUAAUCUCUCAACUGGUCAUUUUAGUUCAAGUUAAUGUAACUUAUAUAAUUGUAGUGGUAUUCAUCACAUAUAUAUUCAAUAUUGAUCAUGUGCUCAUUGCGCUCAUAAGUGGGAAUAGUUCAAUAGCCCAAUUGAGGUAAUAUGUCGAAAGUUUUAAGUUGCUGAAGCAUCCACGAAUGUUAUUCUAGGUAUCAUUUACUUUCACAUGAUUGUUGCUGAAGCAUCCUAAUAUUCCCAUUAUCUUCGAACCCUGAUAGAGAUAGAGUUUUGAUGGCGUGGCUUUUGUGCGGUAGGAGGGAAGAGGUUAACCAUCUUUAAAUAUUUUUUAAAUUUUAAAAAAUAUAUUAAAAAUUACAUUUGUAUUUAUUUUUAAAUUUUUAUCAACUUAAGUUCAUAUAAUAGUUUUAUUCACAUAUAUUAAUUGCUUUAAUCCAUAAAUAAAUAUUCUAAUGCAUUUCUUGAAUCUUAAGGAGUCACAAUUGAAGGAGGCAAAGUGGCAAACUGCAAACA